AUGGCCAGCGUACAACCACACUACACCCACGGGGACAUCCGCGACGAUGAAUCGAUCCUCGACGACGAUGUGAUUGAAGCUGAUGACGCCAUCGAAGCCGACGACCCCCUCCAUGACACCUCCGAUACCGCCCCCCUCCGUGGAAACAUCCAGCCCGAAGCCUCGAGCUCCGCUCGCGGCGGCGGAAGCAAUUUCUCCAGCAAUUACCUGACGUCCACGAUCGGCGGCGAAGACCGCCGCGCGACACAGAGCACCAUCGACGAGACGGUAUGGGAGACGCUGUCGCGCGACUUGCGGGUCGUCUGGGAGAAGAUGCGCCAGGGUGGGAUGAGUGAGGGGUUGAGAGAUUGGGAUCUUUGGGGUCCCUUGAUCUUCUGCCUCCUGCUGAGUAUGUUCUUGUCGAUGCGCGCCAAGGAUGAGCAGUCGUCGCUGGUGUUCUCGGGCGUUUUCUCCAUCGUGUGGAUUGGGGAGGCGGUCGUGACGUUGCAGAUUAAGUUGCUUGGUGGGAAUAUCUCGUUCUUCCAGUCGGUUUGUAUUAUCGGAUACACGCUCUUCCCUCUGGUCAUUGCCUCUCUAUUGAGUGCCUUUGGCCUUCCGACUAUUGCGCGCAUACCGGUGUAUCUCGUGCUGAUUGCGUGGUCGCUGGCGGCGGGCGUGAGUAUCCUGGGUGGUUCGGGCGUGUUGCGCAACCGGGUCGGCAUUGCGGUAUACCCGCUGUUCGUGUUUUAUAUUGCGAUCGGGUGUCUCUGCUUUAUCAGUUAG